AUGCACCCUUUUUCACCUGCAGCACUAGGUGCCCUUCUGGGCCUUGCAAUGCACCAUAUUUUCUUCAGGCAUGGCGAAUGGCAUAAAUUGGCACCUGAUAUUCUUCUGGCCCACCUUGUAUCCUUCAUUGCUCUGGAAAUAUUAGUCAACGGAGGCAGAUGGAUCAUCCUAGCAUAUCUCGCCGCAUUGUUCUCCAGCAUCACCAUCUAUCGACUCUUUUUUCAUCGACUGAAUAGUUUUCCCGGUCCCGUCUGGGCACGCAUGAGCAAGAUAGGACACGUGUGGAAAGUCCGGAAGUCCCAGAACCAUCUGUUUCUAAAAGAGAUGCGGGAAAAAUACGGCGAUUUCGUACGAACCGGUCCGAGUGAGCUUACUGUGUAUCACCCUGACGUCUUUGUAGCAAUUGAUGGACCUUCAGCGAAAUGUGGAAAGGCCGAAUGGUACGAUCUGCUGCAUCCGAACAAGUCGCUGGCCACUGUUCGGUCCAAGGAAGAUCAUGCGAAGAGGCGCCGUCAAUGGAAUAAGGGGUUCACCCCAGCUGGCAAUUCAGCACUCAAACAAUACAAUGAGCGUGUCUUCCCAUUGCUUGAUCAGCUCGAUACCUGUAUCCAGUCCGACAUAGCUGCUGGGCGGGUCUCAGAGGCGUCUGAUAUUUUCUACUGGUUUGGGUUCGACCGCAUGGGCGAUCUAAUUUUCGGUCAAACAUUCAACAUGCUCUCGCAGCAGAGGUGGCAUGAUAUCAUCUUUCUGCUCAAAAAGUCCGGGGCAAUAUUAGGACCAUUGAGCCCCGUUCCCUGGCUAAUGCAAAUUGCAACGAAGCUUCUUCCCCGGAUAUUCAUCCUGGGGGAUGGAUACAAAAUGCGAGCGUGGUGUGAAUCCCAGAUGCUAACGCGAAUGCGUACGCCGAUCGAUGCUUCAAAGCCAGCAGAUAUCUCACACUACCUGAUUGAAGAUGGCCCCAGAGAUCUCGCUAGCCAGCCAUGGAUGGCGGGCGAUUGUCUGCUGGCGAUUGUUGCCGGCAGCGAUCCCACGGCCGCGCUUUUAAUUAUCGUUUUCACGGAGCUGGCGGAUCACCCAGCGGACGCUGAGAAGAUCAGGCGGGAAAUUGAGAAUGUUGAUAUCAUGGAUCCUGGGGAAUUGGCAAGGCGUUGUCCCCAUCUGGAAGCGGUUAUCUUGGAGUCUCUGCGGCUCUUUCCUGCGCUCCCUACCGGCGGCUAUCGGAAGACGCUGAAGGAGGGUGUGAGUAUUGGCGGCACGUUCAUACCGCCAGACACAACGAUCGUGGCGCCGAGAUUUCCUAUCGCACGCCGAGAGGACUGCUUCGAGAGAGCGAAUGAGUUUAUCCCCGAGAGAUGGUACAAGAAUCUUGGAUUGGUGCACAACAAAACUGCGUUCGCGCCCUUUGGAACUGGCUCUCAUACGUGUCUUGGAAAACCCUUGGCAAUGAAUGACAUGCGACUUGUAACGGCACGAUUGCUCCGCAACUAUCGCUUUCGGUAUCCGAAAGGCGAGACUGGCGAAGCUUUACGCAACAACUGCAAAGAUCAAUUCACUUCCAAACCUGGUCGAUUACGAUUGAUUUUCGAGGCGAGGGAGGAUACAACUAUACCUCCAAUUGUCUAG